AUGGGGUACUGUUGGCGGGACCAUAUGUCAAAGCAACGGUUACACCGUAAAAUCGUCCCAUAUGUGGAGCUGAGCGUCGUGCACGCGUCCGUGCUAUCCCUGCUCGUCAUCUCCCUGGAGCGGUAUCACGUGAUAUGCCAGCCGCUGCAGGCCGGGCACCGCUGCACGCGCGCCAAGGCCACCGCUACGAUCGCAGUCAUCUGGACGGUCGCCUUCCUCUCUGCCGGACCCAUGUUGAGGAUCGUUCAGUAUGACUAUGUCAAGUAUUACGACGGCUCUACUAGACCGAAUUGCAUUACUCCCAUUGAGACACUGUGGAACAAGGCAUACAUCAUAGCAUCGUCUGUACUCUUCUUCUUCGUGCCGUUGCUGAUUUUGGUGGGCCUGUACAGCGUGAUCGCCCGACAGUUGCUCAUCGACACCUACGAACUCACUCACAAAAAAGAAAAUCCCCAGAUGAGGGCUCGACGGCAGGUGGUCAUCAUGCUGGCAACGGUUGUGGUGUUUUUCUUCCUGUGCUUGAUGCCGAUGCGUGUUCUCUACCUGUGGAUCAUAGCUGUGCCCCUUGAUACCAUCACCUGGCUCGGUAUCGAAGGUUACUACAACCUACUGUAUUUCUGUCGGGUCAUGCAUUACCUGAAUUCUUCCAUCAAUCCGAUUCUUUACAACAUGACGUCAACCAAGUUCCGCACGGCGUUCAUGAGAGUUUUCUAUAAGCGACGAUUGCAACGCCAUGACACCUAUAGCAACACUUCAUACAACAACCAUACCGUCAUUAACAAUUUGCGCUUGCACUACGGCACGAACUGUUCAAUGGUGUACAAAACAAUGUACUCGAAGACUGUUGUAAGUCAUAAGUACAGCUACACCUCAACCGGAUCUGCCUCCACUCAGGUCACCCGACACGCAAGCCUAGUCUCGGCUAGCAGUCUACGUCCAUCUGCGAAGGACUCCCUCGUCUAG